GGUUGUUUUUGUUUCCUUCCACUCUUUCUCUUCUUCGUUUCCUCUCUCUCUCUCUCUCUCUCUUUUUUUUUCUCCAACCCUCUCGCAAAAGCAUCUUAAAAAAAAAUCUCUUUGAGCUUUUUGGGGGUUUAAUUUCUUAGAAAUAACCAAAAGAAGGAAGAACAGAUUCAAAGGAUAUUUAAAGAUUUAGGGAGGUUGAAAGGAGAAAGACAUGGAGGAAACAAUGGCAGCUAGGUAUUGGUGUCACAUGUGUUCACAAAUGGUGAAUCCAGUAACGGAAUCUGAGAUCAAAUGUCCCUUUUGCCAAAGCGGAUUCAUCGAAGAAAUGAGUAGUAAUGGAAGUGGCGUUCAAGACCCGGGAACAGACCGUGCUAUGUCUCUAUGGGCACCAGUCUUGCUUGGAAUGAUGAGUACUCCUCGGAGACCAAGAAGGUUUAGGAGAGCAGAGUUUGAUGAUGAAGAAGACAAUGAUGAUAAUGAUGAUGAAUCCAAUGAUGCGUACCGUCAUCAUCUAGCUAGACGACACGGUGGAGAGAUUGAUCUGGACAGAGAGUUUGAAUCUCUCUUAAGGAGAAGACGAAGAAGCUCAGGGAAUAUAUUGCAGUUGCUUCAAGGGAUACGCGCAGGGAUUGCUUCUGAGUACGACACAUCUGAUCGAGAGAGCAAUAGAGUUAUAAUGAUCAAUCCGCUGAACCAGUCCCUCGUCGUUCAAGGACAACAAGCUCAGAGUAGCCAUCAUCCUGCGUUGACUUCGCUUGGAGAUUACUUCAUCGGACCUGGUUUGGAUCUUUUGCUUCAGCAUUUAGCUGAGAAUGAUCCCAACAGGCAAGGGACUCCACCUGCUCGCAAAGAAGUGGUCGAUGCUUUGCCAACGGUUAAGAUAACGGAGCCGUUGCUGCAGUGUUCGGUUUGUUUGGAUGAGUUUGAGAAAGGAUUGGAGGCUAAGGAGAUGCCGUGUAAGCAUAAGUUUCACGUUAAGUGUAUUGUUCCGUGGCUUGAGCUUCAUAGCUCUUGUCCCGUGUGUCGGUUCGAGCUUCCUUCUGCGGAGAGUAAGGUUGAAACGGAGAGACCAACGAGGACAAGAACUACUGUUCCGGAGAGUAGUAACGGAAACGUUGUUGAGAAUGUGGAAAGAGGAAGAGAGGAUGAUGCAAGGAGUGGUAAUGGAAGAAGGUUUUCGUUUUCAUGGCCAUUUAGUGGAUUGUUCUCGUCUUCUUCUUCUUCAUCCUCUGGAUCUUCUGGUUCUUCUCGCUGAUGAAAAGAAGAACAAAACACUCAUAAACUAAAACAUCUUGGUUUUGUUGUUCUUGUUCUUGAACUUGUUUUGUUCUAUGUACAUAAAAAUGAUGUUCGUUCCUUCAGAUUGUUGAACAAAGAAAAAUCCAUGGAGGUGUUAUCUGUUAUUAUUUGUUUCAAUCUUCUUAUAAUUGUUGCUGUACAGAGAUGAUCAAUUUUAGUUUUGCUUUGUGUGUUUGUUU